AUGGAUAUUAGAGAAAAACAGUGUAAUGAGCAUAAUAAAGCUCACGAAUUCAUAUGUUUUUUAUGUAUGAAAGUGAUGUGUCCUUUAUGUAUUUUUACUCAUGUCACUGAGGAACCAACUCAUAGCAAGAACUUUCAACACAUCGAAUCAGUAGAACCUAAAAUCAAGCAUAGUAUCUAUGAUCCUGUUAACCAAGCAUCUGGCACACCUAAGGUUGACAAUGAUUACAAAAGAUAUUCAUCAUUCAUACAAUCAAAGAUAGAUUCAAUGUGGGAAGCGAUCGUAUCGUCAACAAACAAGUUUAAGGAGCUAAUGGAUAGAGAGGAUAGGAUACUGCUACACUUUAAAGAGAUACAUGACUAUCUAAUUGCACAGGAAAACAAAUUUAAGCAGUUGAUCGAUGAGGAUAGAAAGACGCUAGAGACGCAAAUCAAGGAGAAUAUGAACGAACUUAAAGAAUUAAUUAUUACAAACAGUAUGAUGGUUAGAGUAGCUGAAAGUCAAAAGAUAAGCAAUGCAAUUGGAAGUGGAAACAUCUCGUCUUCAAAUUUUAGGACUAAACCAGUUUCAACAGCAACAUUAUUAGAACAAAUUGCCAUUUCUUCAGAAUUGCAAUCUUUUAUCAAUGAAAACGAUCAGAUUUGGUUCAACAAAGCAUUGGAUAUGAAAGUCUCCGGCAUCAGCGAUAUUGAAGUAUUACAACAAUAUAGUUCACCUCCUUCAUCAUUAUUGGAAAUCGUUCAUAAAUUCAAUGAUCAAUUUCAAUCACACAUUAGUAACAAUAAUAACAAUAACAACAAUAUCAACUCCUUAUCACCAACACAAUCUGAUAAAUUCACAAUCAAAAUACCCAAUAUCAAUCAAAUCGAACCACCAAUCUCAAAAAUAAAAUCAUCGCAAUCCAUAAUAGAGUCAAAUUCUAUACCUAUAUCUAACGCAGAGUUGGUAAACAAAUCACAAUCUCACACAAUCAAUAUUGAAAAAGCUCUAACCAAUCUUGACUAUUUCAAACAAUCUCAUGUCAUUAAUAAUUCCGAGAAAACAGAUAGAUUAAUCAAUGAAAAGAAGAUCUUGAAAUUUAGAGCUUGUAGUUUCAUGCAGAAAUACAUAGUUUUAGUUUAUAAUCAUUUGAAAGAUAAAGAUAAUGAACAACACAGAAAUAUCAUAUUAAUUGGAAAUAUUAAUAAGGAAAAUGAUGAGCUUGAAAUUCCAGAUACAGUCGAUACUCAAUAUCAAUUAAUAAUAAUACGUUUCUUUUUAUUAACUCCCAUAUACAUAUCUUUAUACUCAGAGUUAUUAAAUAAAUCACAAUCAUACACAAUCAAUACUCAAAAAAGUCAAUCCAUACACGAUCUUGACUAUUUCAAACAAUCACAUAUCAUUAAUAACAAACGAUAUCAUUUAAUAUCAAGAUUUCCAAACAGUAAUAAUAUCAAUGAUGUUUUUUUAGUGUGUGGUACUGACAAAAGAUUGAUAAACUAUAAAGAAAAUCAAAAAUCUUAUGAAAGAGCUGAGAAUGAAAUCAAAGCAAUGAAAUUACUCAAAGAUAAUCCAAGAUUUGUUCAACUAACUGACUAUCAUCAUGAUAAAGACAACCAAAUCUUUCAUAUCAUCUCUGAAUAUUGUGAUGGCGAUGAUCUAGAUCAAAAGUAUAAACGUUUGACUGAUCAAAAUCAAAUUUUUGAAGAAUCAGAUAUUAUUUAUUAUAUUUUACAACUUUUUAAUAUUCUUUUGGAUCUUGACAAACAUGGAAUUGUUCAUUGUGAUAUCAAACCUUCAAACAUAUUCAUUGAUAAUACAUAUAAAACUUUGAAUUUGGUUCUCGGUGAUUUUGGAUGUUGUAAAUUCAUUGAUAAAUCAACAAUCAUUGAAUAUCAAGAUACAAAGGUACCUGUCGCGAUAACAGGUGAUUCCAAUCCGGAAAAUAUUUAUGAUACAACAAUUUCAAACACACUUAUAAAUGCAACUGAAAUUGUUGGAACUAUUGGUUAUAGUUCACCAGAAGCAAAGAACCGACAAUAUGCACAAUCAUGUGACAUAUUUUCAAUUGGAUCAACGAUACUUAAAUUAUUAUGUUGUCAUCAAGAUGAUCGAAAUAAUCAUCAACUAUUCCAAUCUACUGGUGAAAUUAUCAUUUCAGAAUGCAGAUAUUCAAAACAAUUGAUUCAAUUUAUUCAUCGAUUGUUGGGUCAGAGUCCAAAGAAUAGAGAAUCAUUGAAUCAAUUAUUAAACCAAUAUAUUGAAACUAUCGAUCAACAUUCAAUUAGAUUUAAUUUAAACACUACAUUCAAAAACAGCUCAGUCAAUAUCACUGUAAUUGAAUUUGGUGAUGAAUUUAAUCAACCAUUGCAAUCUAAUUCACUCCCUCCAAAUCUGACAUCAUUAUCAUUUGGAUCUAGAUUCAAUAAAAUAUUAUCAUCCGGAGUGUUACCUAAAUCACUGAAAUCAUUGGCGUUUGGAUAUACAUUCAAUCAAAUAUUAUCAGUUGGUGUGUUACCUGAAUCACUUGAAUCAUUGAAGUUUGGAGAUAUAUUCAAUCAAAUAUUAUCAGUUGGUGUGUUACCUGAAUCACUAAAAUCAUUAUCAUUUGGAUUUACAUUCAAUCAAAUUUUAUCAGUUGUUGGUGUGUUACCUAAAUCACUUGAAUCAUUGGUGUUUGGAGAUGAAUUCAAUCAAAUACUAUCAGUCGGUGUACUUCCAUCAUCACUUCGGAGAUUAUCGUUUUCUUGUAAAUAUCUAACGAGAAGUUAUUUUGGAAUGACUUUACCACAAUCAAUGAUAACACUCAUUAUUGGUAUACACAAAUACUCAAAGAAUGAAAACAAAUUACUUUCAAAUCUAAAAACACUUGAAAUUUAUCUUGGUGUCGACAACCAAAAAAUACAAGCAUUGGUGUUAACCAAUUCAAAUGAUUCACUUGAAUUUAUCAAAAAAAUCUAUCCUGAUUAUUAUUCAAAACUCAAUUUAUCAAAGAAAGGCUUUUUGGAUUCUUAUAACAAUCAAAUUUCAGGAGAAUACAUCACUGCUCUACUUUUAACAAAACAGAAAUAA